AAGCGCUGCUCCGCUCUACUGUCCAUGAUCCACUCCGGAAAAACAAAUAUCCAGCGGUGGACGCGUACCGGGAGAGUCGUGAGAAGAGCCGAGGUUCAGCGAGCCAACAGAACCCUGCUGCACAGAGCCAGAGCCAGGUUCCCGGUGGACAGUACCCGGCGUGAGAGGCGGCUGUUCCUCACAGGUUCAUGGUGUGACUGAGCCGGGGCAUCCAGGAGCCAAGAGACUGGUGGACCGUGGGCCAUGAAGCUCAGCGUGGCACUGUUUUUCGCAGGGCUCUUUGGGGCUCUGGCGGCUGUGUUCGUCCUCCUCUCCUUCGGGACGGAUUACUGGCUGCUGGCCUCAGAGAGCUGCCUCCCAAACCCCACCGACCCCGCUGGCCCGGGUGGGGUCACCAUUGAGCGCGGAGACGGGCUGGAGGAGGCCGGCGGCGGCGUGACGCUGUACCAUGAAGGCUUCUUCUGGAGGUGCUCGUUCGAAGGCGACACGGCUGAUGAAAACCUCCUGUGGAAGCUGUGGUUCACAAAUCAGCCUCACUCCAAAGAGUGCAUGCCCGCCUACCUCUUCCCGUUUCCCGUUUCCCACCAAACCCACAACAGCACCGAGUACGACUCUGCCAUCAUUUACAGAGGCUUCUGGAGCGUCUUCAUGCUCAUUGGAGUGGUGGCCGUGGCGCUCGCCGGGUUCUUCAUCAUCUGUGCUGCUCCUUUCGCCAGCCACCGUCUGUACAAAGCAGGAGGGGGUCUCUUCCUGACCGCCGGUCUCUUCCUGCUGUGCGUGGUGGUCAUGUACGUGCUGUGGCUGCAGGUGCUGGACGUGGUGAACGUCUACAUCGAGCACCAGCGCUCCACCCUCUGUCCCAACUUCCAGCUGUCCUUCAGCUACGGCCUGUCCUUCAUGUUCGCCCCCGUCGGCAUCUUCUUCUGCCUGCUGGCCGGCCUCCUCUUCCUCCUGAUCGGCCGGACCAUCCGGAUUCACUACAACUGACCCCAGCCUGCAGUCGCUGUCUGCAUUCUGCCAGGUGACAGCGGGACUGCAGGCCGUUUGGCAGCUCCGUGGUGAAAACCAUCCGCCAAGCUGGAACCACUCAGAUGACUCUGACAGACUGAUUAGACCUGUGGUACUCGUUUUGAUUUAAAUCUGGCACAUCAAGCUUAAUCUAAAUCUCAAACUGUAUUGAGAAUGUUCCUCAGUAACAAGGGACAUUUCAACCAACAGUGUGGCUUAUUUCAGUAUUUUAAAGAGUGUGGUUGCCUGUGGUGGUGCUUUGGAACAGCUGUAUUCUGGGUGCACAAAACAACUAUAUGAAUGUUAAAAAUGAUCACUUUAUGACUUAUUUUAAUCAAAUUAUAUAUAUAUGAUUAAAAAGUCUCUUCUGUAUUACUGUUAAUGUACAUAUUGUGAGAAUGUGCAGUUUUCAGGUCCUUUAGUUGCAGUUUGACUGAAUGAGUCACGUCUUCUGUUCAUUAUGUUUGAUUUUUCAUGUCUGAAGUUUGACUGUUCAGUCCAUCUUCUCCUGAAGUUGUGAGGUGAGAAUCUGAAAAAAGACGUGUUUUUUUAGUGGCGUUUGCAAUACGAAUGUAAAAGUGGAAGCUUUACUGUACAGAAUAAAUUCAUUUGACACUGGA